UCUCAUUCAAUUAGAGCAUUGGUGCUAAUCAAUAUUUAUUUCAGAUAUAAAAAGACAAGACAUCGCAAAUGUAAUUUCAUUUUAAACUUGAUAAACUAAGUGCAAAGUAAUACUUGAAAGUGAAUUUUUUCUUCUAGUUUUAGUCAUUGAAAAAUAUUAAAUUUUCCUUAUUGCAUAAGAAUUUAAGUGAGAGGAAGAAAAAUUAUUAAACAUGAACAUGGAAGCAACAAAAUAUUUUACAUUCAUUAUUUUAAUAAGUUUUGGUGUUAAUCUCAUUGUGACUGGAGUACCUUUGGAUAAAGCGGAAAAUAUUGAUGAAGAUCCUUCUAUUGUCGAAGACGAUGACAACUCAACAGCGCCGAACGGAACUCACAAAGAAUUAUAUGUCAUCAAAGCUGUAACAUAUGAAAUUGGAAUUUUAGCUGACGUGUCUGACAAUGAUACAACGACAUUGAAUGGAAGUGUUUCUCAUCAACAAGUUGAUUUUUCGUUUUACGAUGGUGAAAGCAAUGACAGUUACAUCAAUUUGGGAGAUGUUCCCUUACCUGUACAAACAAAUGUUUCUGGGGAAAUCGUAACUGGAAUCUCGCCAGUUCAGAUCGGUGCUGUUCAUAAUGUUUCCGAUAUCUUGUCAGCCCUUCCAUUCCAUGGAACUAUCGUAAACAUCACAGAAGGCAAACCGUCCUAUGUUAAGAUUAGCCGACAUAAUCUUACAAAUGGUCAAAAUAAUAUUAAACUGAAUAAUGGAGAUAACCUUUCUAAUCCUAUGUUAUUUGAAGAAAUUACCCCCAAAUCAUCAGUUAAUGAUGACCUGAAAAAAAAUCACAAUGAAACAGAAGAAAAUGAACCAGAAAAUUCUCCAAUCUCUUCCUUUUUCACAAACUUGUUUUAAUAAUAGAUUUUAUUUUACACUUGUUAGCAAUAAAAUGUUUCAUUUGAAUUAAAGAAAAAAGUUUAUGAUGAUUGAUGUUAUCAGCACUUAGUCGCUAAUUAAAACAUCAUCCAAGCAAGGUGAUGAAAUGUUACGACAAUUUUAUUAUCGUUUCGAAUUUAUUGAUUUAAAUUAUUUGUCAAUUUUCGUUUGGGAUUCUUGAAAGGAUUUUUCUAAUUGACGUUCUUGUUCUGUUUCGUAUACAACUGGACCCAAAGUAAUGACUGACAUCACAAACAGAAGGUAGGAUGCU